UUUUAUUUAUUUAUGUCACGGCGGGAAUUUGUUAGAACGCAGGAAUGGCGGUAUAGAGCUUUUAGAGAACAAAAAUGGACAUCGACAACAUCUCCACAAUUUUAUCGGCCUAUUGCACCACCAAUGGUUUAUCCUUUGGAAAAUAAUAGAUAUGAACGAAUAUUAGAGGAACAAAAUUAUGAAGAAUGGGAAAAGCGUAAUAACAGUAAUAAUAGCCGUUUAAAUUCAACAAUGCUUUGUCGAAGUUAUGAAGGAAAAAGGAAAUUAGUAAUUACUUUAAGAGAAUUACCAAUAGAACAAUAUACUUCUCAUCCAAUUGAAAAUACAAAAUAUUCUUUGCCUUCAAAUCAACGUCAACACAAAAUUCGACAACAAUUCCGCCCUCCUUCAAAACAAAGAGAAGAAGAAUAUCCUCCUCCUCCUCCUCGUCCAAAACAAAAUAUUUUAUAUGAAUAUACAGACACACAAAAAAUUGGGAGAAGAGGAAGUAAUAGUAAUAGUUCAUCUACAAAUUCUUCUUUACGCAGUGUUCAAAAACUUCCCCAACAACAAAAGAAACAAAUAUAUCAACAAUCACAAUAUCAUCAAAAACAUCCAAUAUUUGUUGAAAGUAAAAAUCAUCAAAUAAUAAAAGAAGAUGAGGAAGAAAAAAUUAAAAAUAAAGAAAUUAAAGAGAAACAACAACAACCUUUAUUAGAAGAAAAAGAAGAAGAUGAAAAGAAUAAAAUAAAUACUAAAACAAUAACAGAACCAGAACAAGAAGUAAUUAAUGAACAAAAUGGUUUUAGAAUUCGUGUGGAAGCUAAAGAUUUUAAUGACAGCGAUUUUAGAGUUUAUAUAGACAGUUAUAGAGUUUUGGCUUUGGAUGGAGAGCAUGUUGAGGAUAAUAAAAAUGGGACAGUUACAGUUAAAAAAUUAAAUAGGCGUUGGAAGUUGGCUGAAGAUGUAGAUUUACUUUCUGUACGGGCUUAUUUGGCUGCUGAUGGAAAUGUGGAAAUUUCUGGGGAUAAAUUAUUAAAUAAAGAAAAACAAAAUAUAAUUGAAGAAGGGGAGGAGGAAGGGGAAGAAUUUGGGGAAGAAGAGGAAGAAAAGGAUAAUCAACAAUAUAUGGAAAUUAAAAAGAAAAAUAAAAAUAAUAAUUAUCAAAUUGAAGAUAAUGGAAGAAAAGAAGAGGAGGAAGAGGAGGAGGGAAGAAUUGUAUAUCAACAACAACAACCUUUACAAUUUAAUAAAGAUGAAUGGAAAAUUAAUAAUGGAAAUGAAAUUUAUUUUAAAUAG